AUGGCGCAGUCAGGAGGGAACACCAUUGCUGAAAUAUACAAAGGUGUGAUACAAGAUGUGAUUAGUCAAGUGAAGGAAGCGUUCCUGGACGAGAAUGUGGAUAUUGACGUGCUGACGCAGUUGAAGAAGGAAUGGGAAGAUAAAGUAAUUGCUAGCGGAUGUGUAGAUAUGGAGCCUCGGCACACUCAUGCUCCACAUGCUCCUCAUCAAGUAGCUCCUCCACCAAUGCGUGGCCAUGUCAUGCAACCUCGCAUGGGCACAGUAACACAAGUUCGCCUUCAGACUGCCCCUCAGAUGGUCUCUCAAUCGCAUUCUGGCAUGAUGAACCAUAUUGAACAAGGAAGACCAAUGCAAAUGCAAUACGUGCCACAACAGGGCAUGCAGCAAAUCCAAGUUCAGCAAGUGCAACAAGGAAAUAUGCCGGCCAGUGUGUCUUUCACUCCUCAAACUGGUAUUCGAAUGGUCCAGGCCAUUCAACCUCAGCCCGGGCAGCAGUUUGUCAUUGCACAAAGCGGACAGCAAAUUCAACAUCCCGUAAUGUAUUUACAACAAGCGAACGGACAACAAAUCCCCGUAACAGUUGGACCUAAUGGAGUGCUUCAACAUCGGUUGCAGCAAGCACAUGGAGGUCACCAACUGCAUCAAUUGGAUGGGAACGAUUGCUUUGUUGAGGAUUCAAAUGAAAUGAGUUCCUCUGACCUUCCUUGUUCAUCGAAAACAACAGCUCAGAAAUCUCACAAACGCGUGUUGAAGAAAAAAGGCGAUGUGACUGAUCGUGAAGCGUUGCGGAUAGCGAGAGACCUAUUGACGGCUUUGCAGUUGGAUGGUGGAGGAGGUGGUGGCAUGUCAGACUCUUCUAGUGAAGAGGAAGAGGUUGAUGACGAUGAUGAUCCUAUCCGCCGCAUUGCAGACAGAAUUGGCGAUGGUCAGAUUGAGGAUGGCGAACAAGCAAUUGUGGAAGAAGAUCCACUGAAUUCGGGUGAUGAUCAGAGUGAUGAUGAAGAUUUAGAAACAUUGUUUGAUGCCGAUAAUGUCAUCAUGUGCCAGUUCGAAAAAGUACAUCGUGCUCGCAGCAAAUGGAAGUUUCAGCUAAAAGACGGCAUAAUGCACAUUGACAACAAAGACUACUGCUUCCAGAAAUGCAGCGGAGAAGCUGAGUGGUGA